UGUAAAUUGAUUGAAGGAAUUGGGAUAAAUCAUAUUUUUUCAUCAAAAAUAUAAAACAAAUAGAAAAAUCAAAAGCAUGAUGAGUAUUUAUGGAAUUUUAAAUACACAGUUAUACUAUAUGUAUACAUAGACGAAAAAAGAUACGACAUAACCUAUAUCACCAGUUGUGUUUUCAUACAUUGCACAAGGUGACCAAUGUCAAAACAAUUUUCAAGCUUGAUACAUAAUGAACAAAAACAAUGUUUUAGAUAAGAUUGGAUAUACAGUGAAAAGAUAUUCAAUAUCUUACAAAUAUGAUUCUAACAAUCUAACAAAAAUGUUACAUGAUAUUUGUAACUGGAAUCACCUCAAUAAAGUAGCAAUAGAGUAUCAUGGCUUACAACAAGUCAUUUACAUAAGUUAUCAAGAUGUUCUUACUACAAGGAAUAUUAUUUCUGAUUAUUUGAAAUGCAUAAAGCAUUUUGAGUUCAUUGGGAUAAAUUUUGAUAUUCCUGAAUAUUGUAUAGUAUCUUUGAUACUUGGGAUUUUAACCAGUGAGCAUGGUUUUCUGAAUGUACCUUCGGAUGUAAUAGAAUUUACAACUUUAAAAAAUUUGUUACGCGUACAGUAUUUAUUUUCUAAACAAAUAACUACUGAUGGAAGUAUUUUGCAUCAAUUUAUUAUUCACAAUGAAUGUAUUUAUCUUAUAAGAUUGAAACAUGUUCAAGAACAAACUGCAAAAUAUUCAGAAAAGAACCAUUAUGCUUAUGCAAUUUGUACUUCUGGUUCCACUGGAAUAUCAAAAGUGAUUAAAGUGCCACAUUCCUGUAUAGUUCCUAAUAUUUUAGAUUUGACUAAGAUAUUAGCAAUUACGGAAUCUGAUAAAAUAGCUCAGUUUACAAAUUUUACAUUUGAUCCUAGUAUUGUAGAAAUCUUUCUUGCUCUCUCAAAUGCUGGGACAUUGUUUAUGGUUUCAAAGUUAUUAAAAAAUAAUCCAAAUAGACUUAUAAGAGAAGCAUAUUCUAGUCAAAUUACUGUACUGCAAAUAACACCAUCAGUGUUUUUACACAGUUGGACAGCUGAAUGUUUGAAAACUACUAUCUUAAGUAACGAUACUUCAUUAAAAGCUCUUGUUUUUGGUGGAGAACCUUUUCCUAAAACAGAGUUAUUCCUAGAAACAAAACAUCCUUGUAACACUACUAAAAUUUACAAUAUCUAUGGUAUUACUGAAGUGUCAUGUUGGGCUAGUAUAAAUGAAAUUUUAGUAACAAAUGCCGAGUAUGAUACAAGGUGCUUGGGACAAGUAUUAUCUCAAACUAUGUUCCGUGUAAAAAAUGAAAUGGGAGAAGUAUUAACAGAGGGUACAGGUUCUCUCUAUAUAGGAAGUAAUACAAGAGUAUGUACAAUAAAUGAAGAAAACAUUGAAGAGCUAGAAUCACCGGUAUUUCGAGAUUCUGGUGAUGUAGUUAAUAUUGAUAAAGAAAGUAAUAUAUUUUAUAAAGGGAGAAGAAAUAGUAUCAUAAAAAGAUUUGGUAACAAAGUGGACUUAGUUAAACUUGAAGAAUUGAUGUUACAAUUACAUUUUAUUAAAAGUUGUUACGUCAUAUGGGAUGAAAGUUACCAUAGAUUACAUGUGUGUCUAGUCCUGAAGGAAGAAAUAAGAAAUUAUUUUGAUAUAAAUACUGCUGCGAUGGAACAUUUACAGAAAUUAGAUUCUUUGUAUAAACCAGAUAAAAUUCACGUGUUCGAACAUGUUGAAUAUACUUCUAGUGGAAAAAUUUCUAUGGAAUUUUUAAAACAACGUUGCCUCCAAGACCAAACAAUAGAUCUAAUCCAAGAUAAUAUUGAUUCUCAAAAAAUCGAAGAUAUGUUUAAAUCUAUUUGGCAAAAUAACUUAAAACGUGAAGAUGGUGGUUUUGUAAAAUUGGGAGGUACAUCUAUCACAGCGUUGCAGAUGUCAAGUACUAUGUCUAAAGUAUUCAACGUGGAAUUUCCUGAAUUGAUAGGCAUGCUUUUAAGGGAUGCAACCAUUUAUGAAUGUCUUGCAUAUAUAAAAAUUACAAUGUUAAACAGUCAUAAAAACAAAAUAACUGUCAAUACUACAUGCUAUUCUCAUGAUAAUGAAAUGAUACCUUUGAUAAAACGUGUUGGUACAAAUGAUUCCAUACCAAAACAAUUGAACGUUGAACAGUCAGAUUUUAACUUACCAAACGUAACAGAUCACUUGUCUACAUGUCAGUGGUAUAAAUGUAGAGGUCAAACAUAUAAAAAUCUACCAAUCACAAACGAAAAAUCUCAGAUAAAGUGUGAUAAAGUUUCAAAAAUUGAAAUCUUAGAAGCGUAUAAUUUACUCAAAUGCGUAGACGCAUCACCAACUCUAUUUCAAUGCAUAGACGGAAAAAAAUAUGCAGUAGGUGGUUCUCACUCUGGUUUUAUUGUUACAAUUGAAUUGGAUAAUCAGAGUUGCGUAUCUGCAUUUAAAAUAAAAUUACCUGACAGGAUUGAAGCUUCAGUUUUAGUUUUUGAUAAUUUUAAAGGGGUCGUAGGAUGUUAUGAUAGUAAUGUAUACUGCCUGCAUUUAAAAACAGGAGAAAUUAUAUGGAAAUAUCAAACAGGAGAUAUUGUAAAAUGUACCGCGAUAUAUUGUAAAGAGCAAGAAGUGAUAUUUAUCGGCUCCUACGAUUGUUACGUGUAUUGUUUAUCCGCAAAAGACGGAAGUGAAAUUUGGAAAAUAAAAGGCAGCAAUGGAAGUAUUAGUGCGUCGGGUUGUUUGCAUUCACCAUCAGGUUCAGUAUUAUUUGGAACUUUGGACGGAUUUUGUUUGGCGUUGCAACAAAAAUCAGGAGAAAUUACAUGGAGACAUAAAUUAACAGAUCCCGUUUUUGUUGCGCCUGUAACACUGAACAGUGGACUUGUCUUGUUUUGUUCUGUAACAGGAAUAUUAUCUUGUUUUAAUAUUCAAGCAAAUGUUAAGGUGUGGGAAUAUAAAAUUAAUGGUAAUGUAUUUUCAUACAUUGUAAAGCAAAACGAUGACACAUUUACAGAUUAUGAAAACAUCAUUAUAGCUAGUCAAAACAAGAAUGUGUAUUGUCUACAGUUAAAAAAUUCAAGUUUUCAGACUGAACCUACGUUAAAACAUACGUUAAAUUUUCACUCGCCAAUCUUUGCUACUCCCUGGUGCGAGGAUAACUUUUUACUUGUAGCAUGUACAGACGGUACUUUAAAUAUUUAUAAUUUUGCAACAAACAGACUGAUAAAAAGUGAAAAACUUCCUGGAGAAGUUUUUUCAUCGCCUGUUGUUGAUAAUGACAUUGCGAUUAUUGGAUGCAGAGAUAAUAACGUUUACGUUCUGAAAUUUACGUAAGACGUUAUUGGUACGUGUUACAUAUUAUUUUAUAUAAACACGCUUCAAGAAAAAUUUACCUAUCGACACUGUUUCGGAAUAUACAGGAAUACAAAGCAAUGGAAAUUAA